ACUUUCGAUUUGAGCCAGCUUAAGAUCCAGGCGUUUGCUCUUGGAAGAAGUAUAAGAGCCCGUCGUCUGCCUUGCCCUGUCUUGACACUUGCUCUUCAUUGAAAACAUCACAUCAACACGAGAGCUGCAACGCUUAUCAUGACCAAGUCCUUCGCCCGCCCCCCAUGGGUGUUCUGGCAGUUGGGGACAUAAUCAUGGUCCCGUCUGCUCUUGCUGCUAUUCGCCUCGAUAUAAGCCCUCGAAACGUCCAGGUUGCCGAGAUCACACCUGGUGCCGACAUCAGACGCGACAAGCAAGAAGUUCUGUUCAACGAACCAAACUCAGAUUUUGAUCUCCCGCUUCGCUGCAAGCCGGCUCAGGGCAAGCUUCUCACACUCACCGACGACGAAAAGUGGGCUGCCUGCUGCCCGCCCGGUUCUCGACUGCUCGGCACGAUUAACACAGCGUUUGACUGCUGUGGCGAGGGUCAUGACUUGGCAGGAAGCAAAGGUACGGGAUGGACAUGUUGUCCUUCGGGCUACGAGUAUGAUGGCACCAAGUGCAAAGACCCAAAGCCUCUCUGUCCCAACGGAAUGGAGCUCGUGGACGGGAAGUGUGUCUGUCCGCCCGGGACUACCCAGGCUGCGGAUGGAACCAGUAAGCCAAACACGGCCAAUGGAGGUGAUGGCAAUGGGGGAAACCAGGCCGGAAAGCAUCCUUCAGGUCCUUGUUCAUCAGAAAUCUUCUCUGAUGGACAACGGCGAGUAUCUCGGUUUCAACAAGAAGUGAUCAACCCCGGUGAUCCCAUUCGCAUUCUAGACCUUCACGGUGAACCGAAUAGCGGGAAGGACCCCAACCAGUGGCUCAAUAACGCACAAAACGGAGGCCACAUUGCUCGUACAUCCAAGUUUGAGGAUGCCGGCGUGUUCACAAUCAGCAAAUGGACGGAGGGCAAAUACUGCAUCUCAGGCCUGGAGGCCGGCGUCGGUCCACCUGUCCCAGUGAUAGCCCUGCCCUGGUGGCCAAAGUCCUGUUCCCAGGUGGACAGUUUCCCGGUGGUCAGAACCCAAGUGGUCAAAACCCAGGGGGACAGAAUCCCGGUGGUCAGUUUCCAAGUGGCCAGAUUCCCGAUGGUCAGUUUCCUGGUGGCCAGUUUCCAAGUGGCCAGUUUCCCGACGGACAGAACCCUGGUGGACAAAAUCCUGGAUGCUGCCCUCCUCCGACUGGGACACUUACGCCGGGAGGUGGCGCAACUCCGACCUGCCCGCCUGGACAGCCAUGGAAGGAUGGGACUUGUGUUAUCUCCAUCACCGAUUGUGCUGACCGGGCUCAUCCCGAGUUUGGCGAUACGUCGUAUAAUCCGGCGAACUUCUCCUGUUCCAUUGGUCGGGAGCGUCCGUGCCAUGGUGAACAAGUUCAAGACUGGAAGCCAGCCAACCUUCCUUGGACUGGCAAUCACCGCCAGCCUGGACCCCCUCAGCCUUAUGAAACGACGAUCAACUUUGACUUUGAUGUCAUAAUGAGCAUUGUCGAUGUCGAAGCCCAGAGCGAGCACUUUUUGGUCAACCUUGACGGCACGUUUUGGGGCGAGACAGGGGGUGAGCGAGGGUACAAGAAUCAGUAUAUCGGCAACUAUAAUGACCCAGAGUGGUGUCUUUUGAAUGGAUAUGCAAGAGGAUAUUUCUUGAUUCCGAAGGGGCAACACACUUUGACCAUUGAAUGGCCUCAGGGAACGGGCAAGUACCAAAAUGAUGGGGGCGGUAACUGAUGGUACGACAUUGCACGCUACUGGUUCGACAAGCUGUGCGAUCCCAGCAGGUGUCUACCUGAUUGCGCUGUUGAGGAGGAGAAGGUGGCUCAACAGUUGAGAUUGCAGCUGCAGACAGAAGGGAAGUGGCCAUUUGUUGCAAGCUCGCAGGGAAAGCAGUGGGGUUACUACGAUUAGAAGGUCGUGGCCUGAGGGUCCAAGGUACAUUGAAAUGAGUUGACGGAAAGGGCUGAGGAUAGGAUUCACUGCUCGGUUAUGACAGAUCUAAGGACG